GCUGCUGCGUGGCCGCUCUGACGCACCGACGCUCGGACACCUGCUUAUCCGAGAUGAAAUGAUAUGUUUUCUCGUGCUUCUCGUCCUCAACGUCGCACAGAUGCUCACGAGUUUCCAGACCGCCCAUGGCGUUUUGAACGUCUUCAUAACAUCGUUCGUCUUCUCGAUGGCGAGCGUUCUCAUCUCACGAUUGUUGAUCAAUCUCAAUGAGGCGGUGGGCAAAAAUGUCGUGCUUGAGCCGUUUACACAACGAGGGAGCCACUGCUGGCAAGCUCCGGGUGCACGGAAGCUGAGGCCGAGGCUCCGACGAUCAUGUUUGCCUCGUCGAUUGUAGAUGAUCUCAACACUGAUGUGUAGAAUACCCAUAUUUCUUGUCCAUAGC